AUGGGGUUUUACCAGGGGUUUAAAGCCAACUUGUCUCUCCUGCGAAGACCCGGGGAGAAAACUUACACUCAGCGUUGUAGGUUGUUUGUUGGGAACCUACCUGCUGAUAUUACAGAGGAGGAAUUCAAAAGACUGUUUGCUAAAUAUGGAGAACCAGGAGAAGUUUUUAUCAACAAAGGCAAAGGAUUCGGAUUUAUUAAGCUCGAGUCCAGGGCAUUGGCUGAAAUUGCCAAAGCUGAACUUGAUGAUACACCCAUGAGAGGUAGACAGCUUCGGGUUCGCUUUGCCACACAUGCUGCUGCCCUUUCUGUUAGAAAUCUUUCACCUUAUGUUUCCAAUGAACUGUUGGAAGAAGCCUUUAGCCAGUUUGGUCCUAUUGAAAGGGCUGUUGUAAUUGUGGAUGAUCGUGGAAGAUCUACAGGGAAAGGCAUUGUUGAAUUUGCUUCUAAACCAGCAGCAAGAAAAGCAUUUGAAAGAUGCAGUGAAGGCGUUUUCUUACUGACAACAACUCCUCGUCCAGUCAUUGUGGAACCACUUGAACAAUUGGAUGAUGAAGAUGGGCUUCCUGAAAAACUUGCACAGAAGAAUCCAAUGUAUCAAAAGGAGAGAGAAACCCCUCCUCGUUUUGCCCAGCAUGGCACAUUUGAGUAUGAAUAUUCUCAGCGAUGGAAGUCCUUGGAUGAAAUGGAGAAACAGCAAAGGGAACAAGUUGAAAAAAACAUGAAAGAUGCAAAAGACAAACUGGAAAGUGAAAUGGAAGAUGCCUAUCAUGAACAUCAGGCAAAUCUCCUGCGUCAAGAUCUGAUGCGACGCCAGGAAGAAUUAAGACGCAUGGAAGAACUUCACAAUCAAGAAAUGCAGAAACGUAAAGAAAUGCAAUUAAGACAAGAAGAGGAACGACGUAGAAGGGAAGAAGAGAUGAUGAUUCGUCAACGUGAGAUGGAAGAACAAAUGAGACGACAAAGAGAGGAAAGUUAUAGCCGAAUGGGCUACAUGGAUCCAAGAGAAAGAGACAUGAGAAUGGGUGGUGGAGGAGCAAUGAACAUGGGAGAUCCCUAUGGUUCAGGAGGCCAGAAAUUUCCACCAUUAGGUGGUGCUGGUGGCAUAGGUUAUGAAGCUAAUCCUGGAGUUCCACCAGCAACCAUGACUGGUUCCAUGAUGGGAAGCGACAUGGUACGAAUGAUUGAUGUUGGCUGAUAUUGGAGUGCUCAUUUGCCUGAAGUGGAUAAUUGUUCUCAAGAUGUCAAAGCAUAAGCCAACCAAGAGAGAAAGCCAAAACUUGCAAGACAGAGGAAGUAUCAAGGAUUCGGUGAACUGUGUCCAGGAAACCAGUGAAGAAGAGGGCAAAGAGGAAUGAACAACCUAAUUGUUAAUAAAGACAUCUUAAAAUCA